AUGAUGCAGUCGCACAUGCCGUCGCCGGCGAGGCUGGGGGUGACCGCCUCGUCGCCGUCGCUCCCGCCCAACCAGUCUCCCGCGAACCCCACCUCCUCGCCGCCGCAGCAGGCCAACCCGCCGCCCGCGAGCGCGGCCGCGUCCGCGGCCGGAGCCGCGGUCCCAACCCUAACCACCUCGCCGGCGCUGCUCCCGCUCCUGCCGCCGCUCCCGCGCGCGCAGUCGCUGCUCCACCUCAUCUCAUCCCUCGCCUCCAACCUCUUCGAGCUCGCGCCCAACCGCGCCGCCUGGAUCUCGUCGUAUCGGGGCUCGCUCCCCAACUUCCUCGCGUCGUCGUCGGCGUCCGCGGCGCCUACGCCGCUGCCGGCCCCGGUCUCCACCACCAAGGAGGCCAUGUCGAUGCUCACCUCCCUCCAGACGCAGCUCUUCGAGACCGUCGCCGAGCUGCAGGAGACCCUCGACCUGCAGGACGCGCGCGCCAAGCUCGCUCGCGAGGCGCGCGCCAAGGACGCUUCGCUGCUCGCCUUCGCGAAGAAGCUGCGUGAAGCCCACCACGUGCUCGACCGCCUCGUCGACGACUACGCCGACUACCGCCGCGAUCCCAAGCGCCCGCGCGGCGCUGCCGCUGUCGACGAGCCCGAGCCGGUGUCGCACGGCGACUUCGGCGCGUCCCUCCACUCCAAGCUCAAGCUGGACGACAUCUUGACCUAUGCGCAUCGCAUAAGCUACACGACCUUUGCGCCGCCGGAGCAUGGUGCUGGGCUGCCUCUGAGGGGUGCAUUGCCGCCUGCACCACAGGAUAACGAGCUGCGGAUGUCGCAGCUGUAUCAGUUUGCUGAUUUGGAUGUUGGGGUGCCCAAGAAACCCCUGGAAACAAAGGAGGGGGUCACAGCAGAGAUGGAGUCCAUGCCGCUAUUCGAGCUACCGGUGGAAGAGCCUCCACGGCCAUCUAUGCUACCAAUCACAGUGCCACCAGGUUGGCAGAAAGGUUUGCCUGCUCUGCUUCCUGAUAUUCCAGUGCCGCCACCUGGAUGGAAGCCUGGGGACCCGAUCGAGCUUGGUGGCAUCAUUCCUGCUGUCAAGCCUGAGGAACAACGACCCAGUGUACCGAUUCCUGUUGGGGUGCAGCCAAUGGUGCCAAGGGCCCAAGAGCCAAUACAGGUCGCAGCUGUGAACCUUGACAUUAUCAGUUCUAGCAGCGAUGAGUACAGUAGCGACGUCGGGAGCUCAGAUGAAGACGAUGAGGACUAA